GGUUAGGGCACCAGAGAGCUUCAAUCUCUUACGAGAUGGUCGAUGGUUGGUACAAGGGUCUAUUUGAGUACCUUGAAAAGGAGGUACCCGACUUUCAGAAGCUGAUAGGAGAUCCAAAACGAAUCUUCAAUGCCGAUGAGUCGGGCUUUCCAAUAAGCGUGACAUCAAAAAAGGUUCUUGCUCCACAAGGGAGCAGGCAUGUAUAUCAGGUUUUGUCUAGUGACAAAACUCAGAUAACUGUGAUGGCAUGCUUGAAUGCCAGUGGGGAUUAUAUGCCACCUUUAAUAGUGUAUCCUGGGCAGCGGUUUCGUGAUGAUGCUUUAUCUGGGUUUCCUGAGGCCAUUUAUGGUCAUUCUGCUAACGGAUGGAUGGAUUCAGAUUUGUUCCUAUCCUUUCUUAGAGAAUUCAAUGCUUUUGUUGAUGAUAAAUCCAUUCAUAAACCAGUGAUUUUAUUUGUAGAUGGCCAUAGUACGCAUAUCAGUCGAGUAGCAGCAGAGUAUUGUGCUGAUAACAGCAUAAUACUCUACUGUCUACUCGCUAAUGCAACGCAUGUGUUGCAGGCUUGUGACAUUGGACUUUUUAGUCCAAUGAAAAUGAAAUGGUCUGUGGCUGUUAAAGCUUGGCAAAUGGAAAAUCUUGGGCAACCAUUUACCAAAUACCAUUUCCCAAGCGUUUUCAAAACAGCCUGGGACAAGGUAACAACAUUAGCCAAUAGUAUAAGUGCAUUUAAGAGGUCAGGUUUAUACCCACUGUCUAUUAAAGGGAUUGAUCUUUCAAAGUUAGGCCCUUCAAAGUUGUCUGCCCCACUCAUCCAGCCAGAACUAACAAAAAGUGUGAAUGUAGACCAUGUUAGCAUGGCAUGUACAUUUAAAAUCCCUUCUUCUGAUUCUAGCUCUGAUCCUUGUACAUCUUCUGGUUCAGUCCAAGCUACUGUGCCGAGUUCGAACCAGGCAGAACUAACAAAAAGUGUGAAUGUAGACCAGGUUAGCAUGGCAUGUACAUUACAAAUCCCUUCUUCUGAUUCUAGCUCUGAUCCUUGUACAUCUUCUGGUUCAGUCCAAGCUACUGUGCCGAGUUCGAACCCGUCAACCGAUAUAUCUGUACAGCAAUCCACUCCGUUACUUCAACAGCCACUUAAAAUCCUUUCACAAAAUGUCCGUUCUCCAGAUUAUGUUUCCCCAGCAUUCUUUAAACUUAGAGUACCAGAAAUUAAAGCUAAAAAAACAAAUAAUACUUUGCGGGGUAAGCUGCCAAAAGCUCUGUCCGGAUCAGUUGCAUUGAAAAUGAUGAAAGAAAGGGAUGAAAAGAAAAAAAAAGAAGAAGAAGAAAAACAAGCAAGAAAGAUAGAGAGAGAGAGAAAAAAACUUGAGCGAGAGCAGGAGAAAGAGAAAAAGAAAAGGGAGAGAGAACUUAAGAAAGCUUUUAAGAAAAAAAUGAAAUGCAAAAAAUCUGAUAAAUGUAGUGAUAGUGAGAAUGAAAAUGAAGAGAUGGAAAUCUCGUACAUGGAUGACAGCGAUUACGAUGAGGCAGAAGUGUGUCCUGGUUGCCAUUCUGCUGAAGGUUUGCCAGAGGAAUGGAUAGGAUGUGAUAGCUGCUCUAGAUGGUGGCAUAUCGAGUGUACUGAUAUUGAAGAAUUUGUUGGUAAAACAGCUAGCGAAAUCUCAGGUUACAAUUUUACUUGUGAGUUCUGCUAGUUGUUUACCUCUUCCUAUGUCAAACCUCCAGCAGAAAGCAAAGUUAAAACCUGCCACAGUAUUUGUAAUAAAAUGUUUAUUGAAGUUAUUUAUGAUUGUUAGUAAUAAUAAAUAAAUAACUAAGAGAAUACAUAGUAAAAUCAUGAUUUAAAGGAAAAGAAAUAAAAUAAUAAAAUAUUCCGUUUGUCUUUUUAUUCUUAUAUCCACAAAAGUAUACAAUUUUCACACUUCGUCUUGGUAAGCCGUGCAAUGACGCCUUCUACAAGCUUCUUCACUAUAUCUGACUGCGUGGUUAAUAUCUUGCACAGGUAUAAAAGGUAUGUAAUACAUCGUUUUGUAUAUUAUUUUACCUGAAAAAUCUAAAAACUAAAGUUUAACAUACAAUAUUUUAUCAUUUUUUUAUUGUGUCGAUAAUACCGUACAACUGUCGGUAACACCAGCCAUUUAGUGUCUUCAAACCUGAGUGGUUCUCAUAAAUUAAAAAUAAUAUAAUCACCUUUUAAACAUAAAAGCAUUCAGCUACCAACACUCGUUAAUCGUAUUUGCAAUAUUCUCGAACACUUUAGUUAACCAAUAAGAUUUUAGGUUGAAUUUUGAUGUAUACUGUCGAUAAUACCAUACC